GUGAACUGUGUCGUCUAGCCUCCCACUAAUCCCGGUGCCUUCUUGAUCCCACCGAUCCCCGUGCUUUCUUCUCUUCGGCAUCGCCACGAAGCGGAGGGUGCCAUCGCAGCAGCCAUCGCCGACGAGCGGCUCACGGUCACUGCGGCCUCGGCAACGUCCGGCGAUCGUCGUCGAUCCUUACCUUACUCCCUCACGCCCCCUAGCUGUCUCCUCGAGAAGAAUCCUGCUUAAGUUGAUUUACCUCCGGGUGUUUACGGUCUUUCAAAUUGCUAAGCAUAAUCUUGAACUUUCCAAGAAAAAAAACAGGCCUGCAUUAACUAGUGCCAGGGCAGCAAUAAUGGAUUUGUGCGACGACACUCAUUUCCCAUGGGAGGGGUCCCAUACUAUUGUUGGCAGCAAGCGGAAAGCUAAGGAUUUAAUGGCAAAAAUCUGAACUUGUUUAAUGGAACUUAUAAGAUGGUGGAAACCACAGUUGAUGUUAUGAUAAGAAAAGGAACAAACAUGAGACUCGAAAGCUACGAGUUUUUGAGUGAUUUCAAGCAUGGCAACGCUGUGGUACUCCUGGACUACACAGAGUCCGGAAACAAGGGGAGUUUCAUCGUCACACAAGUUGAUGGGUCAUUCACUGCCUGGUUUGAAACAGGUGGAAAAGAGCUCUGCUUUGACUCAUCUGGUCAUAUUACUCAGUUAUUUAAAGACAUGAUUGUCGAUUUUUACGAUCUGACCUGGAGUUUGCACAAGAGGCACUUAGUCAUGCAGAAUUUUGUAAAGGAAAAUAUAUACGUCAAAAUCUUUGAUGGCGUACCCAAACUUAUGAUUCUACUAACUGAAGUUAAAUUGGUUGAUCAGCUAGGGCCAUUCAAACAGGACUGGAGUCAUGUCCAAGGCCUCAUGACUUGGUGUAAAGAACAAUCUGGUUUAAAAAUGGACUUUCUUACCAAGAGUUUCUAUGAUUUCAUCGGAUCUACCGACUGCACAGUAAUCAAGCUGAGAAACUACCCUGAUGAUUGGGAUGAAAAAAAGAAAGGUGAUUAUUUGCUCACACUCGCAGAAGUAAACCACGGAGUUCUUAAAGAUAAGUUGAAGAGUAGGGAUGAUUUUCAUUGGCCGUUUGUGAAGCUGCCUAAGCUGGAGCAGAACUUACCACCAAUGUUACAGCAAAUUCUUAGUGGGGAGAGACAGAUGAAAAGAAAGUUCGACGUGACAUUCUUUUGUGAUUAUAUCAACCUCUUGAGAAACUCCUACAAGAAAUUCAAUGAAUUACCAGAAAAUGUUAAGGCUUUAUGCAUAAACCAGGAUGGCUUCAUUAAACUGAUAGAUGGGUGGUCUCCUGAGUUUUGGACCAAGAUCUACGAGAAAAUUGGGUGGCCAGAUUAUAAUAUCUGGAAGUGGCCUUGUAAAAAAUAGCUUUAGUGCUUUGCAUUUGACCAGUGAGUACUGCAUUAAUACUUAAUGAACACUGCUUGAUCUCAAUGAUGGCGAUGCCGGUGCCCGCGCUGACAUUCUCAGGACAUAUGGUGCUGUUCUGCAGGUCCGAUCCUUAGAUGGCUCCUGUUAGGAGUUUUUGGUUCUUAGAAUUAUGUUAGAUGCUAUCUCGAAACUCUCAAGUAAUUUUUUGUCCUCCUGCAUGAAGCAAAACUUAGUGUAUUGGUUGAAAAUCUGGCAUGAUUGAAUGGAGAACUAUCGAGAUUCAUUACUGUGAGUCCAUGCACUUUUAGACCUUUUAGAUAAUGAUGCACUUCUAGACC